GGCCAUAGGCCAUCCAAAACCAAAGAAGAGAGAGAAAGUAUAGAGAGAGAAUUUUUUUAAGGGUGGCAUUAGUGGACAUAAUUAGUAUCACCUCGUGAGUAGUAAACCAUGUGCACUACUAUAUAACAAUCCCCUAAGCGGCCUUUGCCUUUAGUUGUUUGUGCCCUUCUUCUUCUUCUUCUUCUACUUCUUCUUCUUACUCGUGUUCGUUUUUGACAACCGGGGGGGUUCGUGGUUGCCAACUUUGUGAGCAAUGGAGAGAGGGAGGGCGGUGGCGGUGGCGGUGGCGGUGGCGGGGUUGGUGUGGGUGGCGGCGAUGGUGGCCGCGGAGCCGCUGCCGCAGUACUACAACGCGAUAUUCAGCUUCGGCGACUCGUUCUCCGACACGGGCAACUUCGUCAUCAUCAACUCCGGCAAGCUCCCCAACAUGCCCAAGUUCCCGCCGCCGUACGCGCGCUGCUCCAACGGCCGCCUCGUCAUCGACUUCCUCGCGGAGGCGUUCGGGCUGCCGCUGUUGCCGCCAUCGGCGAACAAGGGCACCAACUUCAGCCAGGGCGCCAACUUUGCGGUGAUGGGCGCCACCGCGCUGGACCUCAAGUACUUCAAGGACAACAACGUGUGGAGCAUCCCGCCCUUCAACACCUCCAUGAGCGUCCAGCUCCAGUGGUUCGAUGAGGUCAAGCAGACCGUCUGCUCCUCCCCGCAAGAGUGCAGGGAGUUCUUCUCGAAGGCGCUGUUUGUGUUCGGCGAGUUCGGAGGCAACGACUACAGCUUUGCGUGGAAGGCGGAUUGGAGCCUGGAGAAGGUGAAGACGAUGGUGCCCAGAGUGGUGGCCUCCAUGGUCGGCGGCAUCGAGCGCCUCCUCGACGAGGGCGCCCGCCACGUGGUCGUCCCGGGCAACCUCCCCGCCGGCUGCAUCCCCAUCACCCUCACCAUGUACGCCUCCGACGACCGCAGCGAGUACGACCCCCGCACCGGCUGCCUCAAGAAGUACAACAGCGUCGCGCUCUACCACAACGCCAUGCUCCGCAUUGCCCUCGACCAGCUCCAGCGCCGCCGCCCCGACUCCCGCAUCGUCUACGCCGACUACUACACCCCCUACAUCCAGUUUGCCCGCACCCCUCACCUCUACGGGUACAAGAGGGGGGCACUCCGGGCGUGCUGCGGCGGCGGGGGGCCGUACAACUACAACAUGAGCGCGUCGUGCGGGCUCCCCGGCGCGACGACGUGCGAGGACCCCGACGCGCACGUCAGCUGGGACGGCAUCCACCUCACCGAGGCGCCCUACCGCUUCAUCGCCAACACCUGGAUCAGGGGCCCCUACGCCCACCCGCCCCUCGCCAGCGUCGUCCGCGACGACAUGGUCUACUAGAACUCACUUUGUUUUUUUCUCUCUCUCGCUUUUUUUCCGAUCGCCGGAGACGAGGAAGAAGAAGAAAGAAGAAGAAGAGAAGAAGGGUGGCAGACUUGUCUUGAGUCAAGUUGGGUCGAGUUUACUGUGGGUUGGACAGAGAGCUAACGUGCAUUCCAUUUGUUGUUGGUGUAAAUUGGCAUAAGUAAAUCGAUUAGUUUUUUUAUAAUUUAAUUUUUUGUUUUUGUUUUUGUUUUUGUUUUUGUUUAAAGUUUGGGCGGUUUUGGUGCCAUGUAAUACUGCCUACUACUUGGUCAUAAAUUAAUGAUAGAUGGAUGAAAUGUUUGGUGUAAGGGUUACUGGUGGAUCGAGCAGUUUAUUGUCAGAAAGGGAAAAAUAAAAAACAGAAUCG